GUUGUUCCAACUAAAGUUUCAAUACGCAAUUUUCGGCGCGAUUUUAUUCACAUGGCAAUCGAAAGCCUUGAAAUACCUGUUCGUCCCUGAGGAGGACCAGUUCUACAGCGAGUGCCAAAAUUCAGCACAUAACGUCCUUAACGUUCAUGAAAUGUGCGAUAUGUCAGAGUUAACCUUUACACGAGAAGGCGAUAAACUAGCAGUUUCGGGCAAUGCUUCCUUUAAGUGGGACAUUCAACCUGGCGAUCGUGUUUUGAUGAGCUUUCAAUUAUUUAAGUUCGAUCGUAUAAGCUGGGUGCAAACACCUUUCGGUAUGACCGUUCCUGACAUCUGCCCCAUUCUGUAUGACGAGCCUCAGUAUUGGUAUAAGUAUUGGACUCAAUUUAUAACCAAUAAAGCAGCUGUUAAAGAUAAAUGCUUUUACCCCGGAACUACAUUUAUUCACGAGCCGUUUGUUAUAAACUUAAUAUUCGAUAUUACUGGACUGCCUUUACAUGGACGACAUAAAAUUGUUGUCACAAUCAGAGCCUUUAGCUGGAUGAAUGUGGAACGAGAAUCUAGCAUCUGUAUCGAGCUAGUGGGAGAGUUUGAAAGGCUAAAUUAG